GAUAUUAAGUUCCAAUAAUAAAUUCAUGAGAUAUAAAACUUUGUAAGCUAUCUAAGAUCCAAAAGUGAUAAAUUGUGAGUUGAAUGUUGGAGACUUAUAUUCAUUUGUUAUGAAAAUUUACGCGAACACGUGGUCAGAUUUUCCAACGCUUCGUGAGCAAAGGGCUGAAUUUGUUGAGCAAGGACCAAAUGUUGAUAUAAAUUCAUAAUAAUUUCUUGAAAUGGACGUACAUGAACGAUUUAUGGCAUAUGACACAGGGCAAAUCAAGUAUCUGCUCUUUGCUUCUACGAAUCACACAUAUAUUUUUGACUCUCUCCUGGUUUCGUUUUCCAGUAUUGUACAAAAUUUCAACCAACAUCCAAAUAGUCUGGAGACUUUGGAAACUUUAAAAAGAGUCCUUUGUUUUAUAUACCAAGAGACAAGAUCCUCAACCAAAACAAAAGCUGACCUUGUUAAGUUGGUACACAAAUCCUAUUUGGCAGCUCACAGUAUAGAUGUCGAUGUAUUACAAAAAUAUUUAUAUCCUUACACCACAGAUAUCAAAUGCUUAUCUUUAAUACUCGACAUUUUUAUGCUUCAUAUGAUACUUCGUUACGACACAUGUAUGAUCCUGAAGAAUUUGCAACAUUUGCAAGAGUCAAUAGAUGAAUAUUUUGACACAGAAAAUAAGAUAAAGGUUUUGGAUAUGAAAUUGAUGUCCUGCUAUGUAAAUAGUCUUUUUCUGCAUCCAGCGAGCUCUGAAUUAAGCGAGCAAUUGGAUGUUGAAAAUCUAGCCAUAUGCUUCAUGCGUCAUAUACGGCAGUGGUUGGUGUCAAAAUAUGAUAACGAAUUCCCGGCACUAAUUUUGCUUCUUCCAAAAGUCUUAAGUGUCACAAAUCGAAAGGAGAUGAUCACGAAAAUAUGGGAAAUGAUUUUUGAACUGAAAGGUGAUCCAGGCGAUAUCCUUUCUAUCAUGUGCAUGACAGCCGACACUUGGUUUUCCAUAAAAUCUGUAUACAACCAACAACUGCUUGAAAAGCUUAUCACACAUUCAUUUUGGCUCAUAUUAUUGAAAGGACUAUCGAGUCCAAUGCCACACCAACGGAAGCAAGCUUUAUAUCUUGUGAAAAGAGUGGUCGAUUUUCUUGACAAACACACAAUUCAAGGUACAAAACUUGACGAAUACAAAGAAAUCAGACCACUGGUAUGCACUGGAAAUGAAUCUCAUCGAACUUCUUUCAAGAAAAAUGUAAACGAUUUGUUUUUAAUAUUAGAAGCAUUGGAGGAAAAGCAGAAGCAUUUGGUAAUUCCAGUUUUCCCACUUCUGAAAACUUUGGUCGAUGAGAAAUUUGACUUCGAAUGUUGCAAUGCAGCUGGUUUCCACUUUGCAUGGGUACGUUGUGCUUUUUCACGUAUUUUUCAGCACAGUAAUAACACUGUAGUCAAAUGGGGAUUACUGAAUGCAUUCACUCUCGACCCAGGGUUAUACAAUGAUGAUUUUUUGAUACUCAUUCUUAAUGUUUUGAACAAUACUUAUCUGUACGAAAAUGAUACAAACGACGAACCAAUCAUUGUAAAAGAGCUCAUUAAACUUCUAAAUACUGCUGAAGCAAAAUAUAGUGACUUUAUUACAAGAUUCCUAACGCAUGCCUCAAAGAUGACUUGGGGUCCUGUAGCGUUGUUCUAUAUUAUUCAUGCUCUGUCCAAAGUAACGAGAGUGAGCAGCAUGUGGAAAGAAGUUGAACUAGAAUCUGUGAAAACAUUAGCAGAGAUCAAUUUGACUAUGCACUGCCGAGUACUUCGCAUCGGUUCCCAGGUGGAACUGCUAGAAACUCUUACCCACUUUGUUACAGAGCCUUUGAAUUUGGUAGCGGUAGCAAACACUCUAUCAGCAUUUUCUAUUCACGAAUCCCUAACUCGUGGUCAAUUAUCUUGGAAACAAAUGUCUACUUGGUUAUCAAAAACGGUAAAACGGGACGAAGCUCUUCGAUUUCUUGAAAAAAUCUGCAGCCAAUUCAUAGAGAAAAAUUCACUGAACGAUGUCAAUAUGAAAUCUUUAGCAUUGAUGCUUAUGCUUUUUCACGAUGGGCAUAUUAUCCUUGAUUCUAAGUCGUGUGCAGGAUUCACCAUGCUACGAAACUUAUUUCAUUGUCUCAUUGGCGCAGAUUCCAGGCCCUACGGCAAUAUUGAGUUGAGAAAGAGAUCGAUUGAACUUAUUGGUUAUCUCUUCGACUUUACUUCGUCAAAAGAUUAUAUUAUGCGUGAACUCAUUGCUGAUUAUGUUGAUAUUACUUUACGAAUCACAUUUAAAUCUAUGCGAAAUGUAACCGAUGAUGCUGCUAUCGAUGAAAUUAAUGCUCUUGUAUCGGUAACGCAGAAAUUUUUCACAGAUGAGAAUUCAGUCACUUCAAAAAGAGGGGUACAGAAUCAUAUUGAAAGGUUUGAAGUAGAAUCGUGGAAUAUAAUUAACAAUGGAGGGCACAGUAAUAAUCUCCAAAAGAUUUGUGGUGUUAAAAUAUUGUAUGCUUGUCUAAAAGCAACCAGCGUGAAACUCAGAAAUUAUAAAUUUAUUAGUUCUCUGUACAAUAUGUAUAAGACUCUAGCCGUACGAUCAUCUGAUUACACGAAUGAAAUUAUACAUGAAAAUAGAAACCUGAAAGGAAAAAUUGUAGCAGAGUAUUAUGAGAUUGUGGCUGAGCUAUUUUACAUAUAUCUACAAGAUACGCCAUUUGAUGAAUGGAUACCAGAUAUUGAUUGGAUCGAAGCUGUAUCACACCUGGUUCAAGUUGGUGGGAAAAAUAUAUUCGUCCCAACGAUAGGCAUAAUGUUGCAAAUAUUCCAUAAAGGAGUCGUUAAAUCAAAAGAUAUUGAUCGAUUCAAAUCAGUCACAAGAUUGUGUUGGAAGUCGAUGCUUGAAACUAAUGAAUGUCGAUUGGCAAUGGACAAAAUAAUGCAAUUGGUUUUUAGCUCAAAGUUUCUUGAGUGUGAGGAGAUGAAAAAACUCACAAUAGAGUUCACUGAGGAAAUCGUGGAAAAACUGGAAAUAAUCCCUGGACUAAGCUUGAUUUUGGUAAAUGGAUUGGAACAAAUUGAAGGCAUACAUCUUGUUUAUUUCUACGAUGCCUUACUCAGUUGUUUACUUCACGGUACUGUUCCACGUCGUGAUAAAAAAAUUGAGCUACAGGCCCGCUCUCACGUUUUUGGCUUUUACCAUGAAGCAUAUCCGAAUUACCUAUCCAACAUGUACGUGAACACUGAUACAGCAACAAGAGCACAUGGUGUUGCAAUAUUGCAUAAACGGAUAACUGACAACAAUGAGCAUGCAACUAAAUUAUUGCCAAUGAUUAUUGCACGACUGAAUAAAAGUCAAAAUAAGCGGUACUUUGGAGAUUCACACACACACCGCCACAAGAAUCGGCUUUUACAGGUUCUCUUCGUACUACAGCCAUUAUUGAAAAAAAAUGAUAUGGUGAUAUUAAAUUCGUUGAUGUGCGAAAAUAUACUGUCAGAAAGUAGUCAGCCCAGUGUCAGAAUAAUGCAAGAAUGGCUGCUCAUUAAAAUAUACCUUGAAAGCGAAAUCUUGCGUGGUGGAAUUUGGAAUUUAUUUCAACAGGCUCAAGAGAAACGAGUCGGCAGCUUAUGCUCAAUAAUAAGCAUUGUGUACCACGUAGCUCAGGGUCUAAAAUCUAAUCUACAAUCAGAAUUCAUAGAUCUAGCUUUGGAACACAUGAUGCCAUGCUGUAUGUCACAGCAGUUUAACGUACGAUUACAUGCUCAGGUCUUAGCAUCCAAGCUUUAUGAUUUGGCACAGAAAAUGUCCUACCUAGUAGUAACCGAGAAGUACAACAAAUUUUACAUUGCUGUAUUGAAAAGUUUGCAGCUAGGAAACCUAUUGAAAAACUCUGCUAAAUUACAGGACGAUUUUUAUUUUACUGUUUUUAAUCCAAUUGAUGACUACAGCUUACAGACUAUAUUUUAUGAAUUACCAAGAUUAUCAAAUGUCUCUUCGGAUGAAUAUAUUCUACCACAGAUGUUUGAAAAAUUUGGUUUCAAGGAAUCUAGCAAUCAUCCGUUAAAAAUUUUCAAUCUUAAAAGUGACUUGAGUGAAGCUUCAGUUUCUGCCAACAUGCUGAAGAUGUCUGGAAAUGAAGGACCCACAGCAAGAGACGAUACUAAUAGCAUCAGUGAAUAUUCUACUGAUAUACAAAAAAAAUUCAUCCCAUGGAAAUCAAUGUUUCCCAAUGAAGAUGAACUCAAUGAAACUUCCGAGUGUUUGGGAUCACAUAGAGGAGCUUCAACAGCAGGAAAUAAAAUUAUACUUGUCGCUUCACUCAUUGAGAAACUACCAAAUCUUGGGGGCCUAAGCAGAACCUGUGAAAUACUUGGCGUUUCAGAGUUUGUUAUCGCAUCCCUAAAACACAUAGAGGAGAGAGACUUUCAGAGUCUCAGCGUUUCAGCCGAAAAGCUGAUUACCCUUGUAGAAGUGAAACCUCAUCAAUUACAACAGUAUCUGUUGGAGAAGAAGAAUAUGGGUUACCGAUUGGUUGGUGCUGAACAGACAGUCAACAGCACAAAUCUUAUGGAAGCAAAGUUUGAGCAAAAAACUGUACUAGUACUAGGUAAUGAAAAAGCGGGUAUUUCAGCCAAUUUGAUUCCUUUACUGGAUGAGUGUGUGGAAAUACCUCAAGUCGGCGUUGUUCGAUCACUCAACGUUCACGUAACCGGAGCCAUCUGUUUGUGGGAAUGUUUUAAGCAACAUCAUUCUUCAUGAGUUUAUCCACUUCUAAAAAUAUCAAUUACCGUCAUACUUUUCUUUACGUAUUAUAAAAAACAAAAAACUGAUACAUUUUUAUGAACUUAGGUAUAAGAUUAAGCUUAUUUCAUGUCAAGUUUGUAGUUAAUAUGGUAUAUUAGUGACGUGAUGCAGCUAAGAGCAGAAACCGUUAUUUUUGUAAAACUUGCAAUAAUAAUACGCUAAGAAAAUCC